CAAUACAUCACAACCGCGCUGCCUCGCUUGGCGGCGCGGUCAUGACGUAGUGAUGGCUUCGGCCAUGUGGAACAGCCACUGCCAUUUUCUACGUGUGGAACGCAUACUAGAGUUAGGAGAUGCGGAAGCACUGCCCCUUCCUAACCCUAGUACGCGCUCGUCGCGUACUUUCUGGCAGUCUGUAACCCACCGGAAAUGUGUUUCAGAGUUGGGAGCAGUCACAUUUAGACUACAGCUUCUAGAAUUUUUUAGCCUAGCCAUUAGCCGAAGUGACAGUGAGACUCAAGUAGUUGUAAUCCCCAAAAGUAACUUUUCUCAACUGUUUAUCAGUUUUUGGACUGAUGUAAGGCAGGUAGGUGUGUCUUACGUAUCAUCCCCUUCCAACUAGUGUGGAAAUUUAUUUAUUUAUUAACUUUAACAUUAGAGGAAAUUCCCUGCAAUCCUGGUCACUUGGGGAGGUAGUAAUCAUGCCCUUAGCCUCUAGUGUGGCUUCUAGCAGCAGAAGCAAGUGUGAAACAACUCUGUUUAAAGCUGGAAUUCUUUCAAAAGAAUCGAAAACCAUUUUUUCUAUCUCAUCUUGCAACAAGAUGGGAAAGCCAAUCCUUUUCCAGCACAUCUCUUUCUGCAAGCACUCCUGUGGUUGACCCUUGUGUUUUUGGUUUUCCUUCCUUUUCAUGGCCAUCCCACAUCCACCAAAGGUUAUCUUUCUGUGCACAUGACUGGCAGCUCUCAUUUAGCAAUCUCAGCUUCUAGAUUCUAGCAAAUGGCGGGGUGGUUCUCUCCUUUGUGAGGAAGGGAGAUUGGCCAUUCUUGUACAGAAGAAAAUCUCUCAGUUUUCUGGAUCUGCAGGGAGAGGCGGGAAAUAGAAAUAAAUUUUAUUAUUAUUAUUAAUACUAAGUAUUUAGCUUAGCUUACUAUAUAAAUAAGGAUUAAUAAUAACUGGUUUUGGUUUAUUUUUGAGGAACUUCUUUGGAAAAUAAAACUUAUAAAGAAAACUACUACGGAGUGGGGCAGACACAGUAUGUUGUGUCCUGAGGAGUUGUCAAGGAAGAGCGCAUGGUAAUCAGCACAGAGUAGUCUUCCCCAACCUGUUGCCCACCAGAUGUGCUAGAGUCGACUCUAACUCCCUUUGCCUACAACCAACACAGCCCUUAGAAGGCUAAUUUAGCUUCUGAAAGUAGAAUUAAAGCAAAAUCGGGAGAAGAAGCUGUGCCUUGUUAUGUUUGAGAAUGCAGAGCAACCUCAGAUGUCUAAGCAAGUUAAAGGGGAACAAUAAACUUAGCUAGUGUUCCAUGUUCUGCGGGUCCUGUGGAGAAGGCCAGCCGAAGCAAACCUCCCAAAGUAUGGAGGACAUCUUCCUUGGACAACGUCCUUGGAUCCUACCUCUUGGGUCAGUGGCCCCGGGAUGCCGAAGGAGCUGCCGUAGCACAUAUGAGUGACAAAUCUACUCAGACUCCUGUAUCCUGGCAUGAAACAGGGGUAGGGAGAGCCACAGCCCAUAAGCGUUCUGCCUCAUGGAGUAGCAUAGAUCAUCGCAGAGAGAUUGCUAAACUGAAACAGCAGCUCCAGCGAACCAAGCUAGGAGCCUACCACAGCAAAGAGAAAGACCAGAACUCUCCAGUUCAAGGGGAUCAUACUGUGCUCUCAUCAGUCAAGGCUUCAUCAUCACCAGCUUCCUUUCCAGUCUUGGCCACUGUGUCAAUCAGCCCCUGUUUGCAUAACAGCCUUGAUGCUAUCAAUCAGGAAUUGGAAGAGGUGUUUGUUAAGGAGCAAGGAGAUGAGGAGCUCCUCAGAAUCCUGGAUGUCCCAGAUGGUCACAGGGCCCCAGUCCCUGUAGGCACUAGAGACUUCUUGCUACCGCCAGUGGAGCACAGCAGUAGCAGCUGCAGCAGCCUUUCUCUUUCUCCGUCCCCUUCAGCUGCACAUGGCCAGUCCCCACACACUCCUGCUCGAGCAGCAACUGAGGAGCAUUCCCCUUGUGUAUUAGAGAAGCCGUUGUUGGAGGCAAAGGCAAAAGAAAACAGCAGUACUUCUCCUGUCCUUGCCUUUGCCCUCUCUCCUCGUCCAAAUCAUACCUAUGUGUUCAAGCGGGAACCUCCAGAGGGUUGCGAAAAAGUCCGUGCUUUUGAAGAAGUGGUGCCACCAAGCCCAGACCAGCCUUUCCAGCCCUCCUGUCCUGAUAAAAACAAAGUCCACUUCAACCCAACUGGCUCUGCCUUUUGCCAGUUCAGCCUGGUGAAACCGCUUAUUCCCAGUGUAGACUUCCUCUUCAGAGACUUCUCAACUUCUAACCCCGUGCCACCAGGCACAUUUUCCUCAUGCCAGUCCAGUUCCACCGUCCCUGUUCUCAGUUUGCAGAAAGACUCGAGAGGAGACAACUUCAGUGAAAAUCCUCCAUCACUUCCAUUGAGCCUGGAGUCCUGGAAGCGGCAUCAGGCUGAAGAUACCGUCAUCUUCCACAGCUCCCUGGUUAUCUGAAAAUCAAGGGAAUGGGGCAGAUCCAAGAUAAAUCUGUGGCCUGUGGGGAAGAGUGCCCUGGAACAGGGAAAUAGAGCACUCCCAGGUUACAAGUGCUCUUAGUUAAUAGCCUUAAAAGUGCAGAUUGCCACUGAAUUUUUUUGCAGCAACAACUUGGACUCAUCAUUCUUAAAGCACUUCUUUUCCCUGUGAGUUUGUGUCAGUUGUCCUUCUGCUGUUGCAGUGUCCAAAGAGCACCUAUGCUUCUCUGAUGGGAUACGUGCACUAUUAGCUGCUAGGCUUUGUCUUUCUCUGCUUGCUAAGUGAGGCAGGAGCUCAUUUAUACAUAUAUAUAUUUUAAAAAGAUCUUAAAGAGUGUCUCUCAGGCUCCCCACAGAAUUGGGGCUAUGGAAGAGUUUACAUAUAUCCAGAGCUAGUAUACACUAGAUUGGCAGAUGACUGCAGGGCAGGAGUAGAGCAGGGCAAUCAGUUUCCAGGGGUACUAAUAAGUCUACAAUCUGUUUUCAAGACUCCUUUUUUUGUAUGUUGCCCUAUACUGUGUAGAACUAUAUCACUGGAACACAGUCAACUAAAUUUAGGUCCUAAAUGCUUGAAGCAUUUUUACUUUCAAUGAUCAAUCUGUAGCAUGUAGUUGAACAUGCAAAAAUUCAACUGGAGUGUGCCUUUUUGUGAUAGAUGUCUUCAGAUAGGUUCUCUUCUUUUAUGAGUUUGGAACAAGGAACUUCCAGAAGAUAUUCAUAGUAACAGAUUUCUGCAAAAGGAAAUUGUGGAAUAAUGUCUGAGUUUUCUACUUAGAGUGCAACUGUUUAUGGAACUGGUAUACACUGCCUUUUAAAAAUUAUAAGUUGGCCAGUUCAACUGUAUCUUACACUACUACUAUUGUAGCCAUCGAGUUUGGGGAAUGUGUUUGGCUUUAAACCCCCCCCCCCCCCCCCCCUAACGCACAAAAUACUUCAAAGAUUGGAAAUUCACUUCAGCUUAGAUUUUGUGCUUACACUUAACACUUAUAUCUUACGUUCACCCCCUCUACAACUGAAAGGCCUUAAACCUGGUGUUGCCUUGGAAACAAAAGUGACUUUUUUGGUCUUAAGCUUCUUACUGUAUUGGAAGGGUUUUCUUCAACUCAAGAUAGAAACUAUAUUUUCUUUUGAAAACAGUAUUUUUGCAGCUAUUUUUUGAGGUUUUUUAAAAUUUUAAUGUAAGUAUCACAAAGGCUUAUGGAAGAAUGUAAGACUCAGAGGUUCAUUGCCUUUCUUGAAGUUUUUUUGGGGGGGCAGAUCUUGGUGUUUAAACCAAUUAAAAGUAUAAAAAUA